AUGCCCCGAGUCUUCCUCAUAACCGGCACCUCGACGGGCUUCGGCCGCGACUACGCCCAAGAAGUCAUCAACCGCGGGGACACGGUGGCCGCCACGGCGCGCGACCCAUCUGCGCUCCAGUUCAAGGACACCACACCGGACAACUUCUUGGCGCUCCGGCUCGACGUCACGGACAAAGAGUCCAUCAAGUCGGCCUUUGCGGAGACGCUGCGCCGAUUCCACCGCAUCGACGUCGUGGUGAACAACGCGGGUUAUGGCCUCGCCGGCGCGUUCGAGGAAUACACCGACGCGCAGAUCCGCCAGCAGUUCGAAAUCAACUUUUUCGGCCUGUUGGACGUCACGAGAGAGGCGCUGAGCACUCUGCGCGACCGACAGACCCCUCCGGGCGGCGUGAUCCAGCAGGUCACGAGCAUUGGUGGCCAGAGGGGCGUUCCGCUGUUCAGUGCCUACUGCGCGACCAAGUGGGCGGUCGAGGGCUUCACCGAGAGUCUGAGCCACGAAGUCAAGCCCGAAUGGGGGAUUAAAUUCACUUUGGUCGAACCGGGUGGUUUCAGAACCGACUGGGCCGGCCGCUCCAUGACCUUCGCCAAACGCCAUCCAGCGUACGAUCAUCUCGACGCCGAGAAGCAGAUGAACGCCCGCCACGGCACACAGGCCGGCGAUCCCAAAAAGGGCGCCCGCGCCAUGUACGAGCUGGCCAUCAUGCCCAACCCGCCGUUGAGGGUGGUCAUCGGUAGUGACGCGUACAAGGCCGUCAUGAACAAGAUCGAGCAGUACGAGGAGAAUUACCACCGGUUUGAGGAGCUGAGUAAUUCGACCGACGUGGAUGUGGAUGCGGAUGCGUAG